AUGCUCAGUGCUCCUCGCUCACAGCUGCACACUGUGUGCCCCACGCUCACACGCUCACACGCUCACAACUGCACGCUCAGUGCUCCACGCCCACAGCUGCACUAUCACGCUCUUAGGUGCAGGCUCAGCUCCACGCUCACAGCUGCAUGCUCAGUGCUCCACGCUCAGGCAGCUGCAGCUGCAGCUGCAGGCUCAGUGCUCCACGCCCACAGCCGCAGGCUCAGUGCUCCACGCCCACAGCUGCAUGCUCAGUGCUCCACGCUCACAGCUGCAGGCUCAGUGCUCCACGCUCACAGCUGCAUGCUCAGUGCUCCACGCCCACAGCUGCAGGCUCAGUGCUCCACGCUCACAGCCGCAGGCUCAGUGCUCCACGCCCACAGCUGCAGGCUCAGUGCUCCACGCCCACAGCUGCAGGCUCAGUGCUCCACGCUCACAGCCGCAGGCUCAGUGCUCCACGCCCACAGCUGCAGGCUCAGUGCUCCACGCUCACAGCCGCAGGCUCAGUGCUCCACGCCCACAGCUGCAGGCUCGGUGCUCCACGCUCACAGCUGCAGGCUCGGUGCUCCACGCCCACAGCUGCAGGCUCAGUGCUCCACGCCCACAGCCGCAGGCUCAGUGCUCCACGCCCACAGCCGCAGGCUCAGUGCUCCACGCUCACAGCCGCAGGCUCAGUGCUCCACGCCCACAGCCGCAGGCUCAGUGCUCCACGCUCACAGCCGCAGGCUCAGUGCUCCACGCCCACAGCCGCAGGCUCAGUGCUCCACGCUCACAGCUGCAGGCUCAGUGCUCCACGCUCACAGCUGCAUGCUCAGUGCUCCACGCCCACAGCUGCAGGCUCAGUGCUCCACGCUCACAGUUGCAGGCUCAGUGCUCCACGCCCACAGCUGCAGGCUCAGUGCUCCACGCUCACAGCUGCAGGCUCAGUGCUCCACGACCACAGCUGCAGGCUCAGUGCUCCACGCUCACAGCUGCAGGCUCAGUGCUCCACGCUCACAGUUCCGCUUGAUUUUACCAAACAUUCGCUAUUUGCCCAAAUAUUGCGCACCAAAAAAGCAAUAA